AUGAGUCGCGUAUUCUUACUAACCCAAUACACGCCCCACGCAACAGAAAUGUCAUCCGCUUGCAACGAAGAAGAUUCCUCAUCCACGCUGGCCGAGAACAACGACAGUGAAUACUAUGAAGUAGAAGUAUUUAAAUCGCAGGUUGUAACCGUGGCCUCGUGUGGUUUAAAAGAAGACUUGGGAACUGUAGAGAAUAUACGAUAUAAAAGCUGUGGUGAUCCGACUGUUGUUGUGGAAGCUAACAAUGGCGCGACAAGUUCACCCUUACCUGAGGAAACUAAUGGCAAAAAAACUGUUGCUAUUACCAGCAGUACAGAACAUAAAACGAGGCGAUUUAAACGGAUUUCUCUUCCUCAGUGGCUUCUCAAGCCCAGCAGAAAAUCUUCGCAUAACUCAUCUCGAAUACGAAGAAUAACAGGCCCGAGUGGAAAACACAGAAUUUUACGGAUUAACUCGGCACCCAAAACUCUCGGUCCAAGCGGAAACGGUUUUGCCCAUUAUGGCGACGGUGAUAAAUUCCACAUUUUUCACAAGGGCUCAUCGAAAGACAGAGGACAUCAACACAGCUUAUCGGAAUUAAAACCCGUCAAAGAAACGCGAAAAAUUAGAAGGAUUUCACUGCCUGCUCAUGUGUUGGAAGUGGGAUCACCAGCUGUAGAAAAUUCCACGCCUCGCACCCCAGAGCCAACUAGACGGAAUAUAUUCGAUGAAUUAGACGAAAAAUUUAUUCAUUCUUUGCGAAUGGACGAUCCACGAGUCGCAAUUAAAACAAGUUCAAAACCAGGGGCCGCUGGCGAGGAAAAGGUUGAUAGUCCAUCCCAUGAAAACAACAAAGUGGCCUCCGUAGAUCACGAAGGGAAAUUGCCAUCGCCUCGUGGAACGCGCGAGGGAUCCGCUCAAUUUAAAAAUGUGCGGAAAGAGAGUUCCGGAUCAGUAAUUUUUAAACCAUCGCGCCCGGUACUUAAAUUGCACAAGUUUCACAACCCGGACAUAUUUUACGUUCCUUUGCCAGAGGAUGAUUCGCAGAACUUGGACGCUUUGCCACAAAAAUUGUGCCGCGCGCGGCUGAUCAAGCCGAAGAACGAAAACUACAUGAUACAAGAAUGUGUUCGGGAGGAAUUACAAGCGUUUCUACACGACAAGCAGUUUUGUAGUCGAUCUUGCCAACAAUGGUGUCUGGAACUGAGCCAAAACAUUAAAACCUGCGUUCACAAAAUGAAGGAUUGCGAGAGUAAGAUCGCUUGUGUGGUUUACAUUGGCGCGCUUCGUGAACACGGUAUCCACGCGGCCACUCAGUGUAUAUGGGUACCGAAUGAAGACAAUUUUAUAACAGUCAAAUUCAAAAAUAGUUCAAUGAUGGCUAUAGCAUCGGUUCUAGCGAUCAAAUAUGAAUAA